CAGAGAGAGAGAGAAAGGAGAGUGAACGGAGGAGACGUUCAGACUGUCCCUCUUUCUCUCAGUCCUCUGAUGUCUGUCAGGAUGAAGCUGUUGCGUGUGACUCUGGCUCUCCUCCUCGCUGCCAAUUUCUGUGGCGGUGUAACAGUUCAACAGUCUCCUGUCCAGUCUGUGUGUAGAGAAGGAGACGUGUCAGUCACUCUAUGGUGUUACCAUGACGACAGCAGCUACUACUACAUGUUCUGGUACCGACAGAGAGACAACAACAUGGAGAUGCUAACAUAUUCUCAGGGUCAAGGCGUGUGGGAAAUACAACCUCCCUUUGAGAAGGAUGUACAUUACACCAUGAGCAGGCCAGAGCUGACCAGAUCCACUCUGGAGAUCAAGAACCUGGAGGUUGGGGACGGGGCUGUGUAUUACUGUGCUUCCAGUAAUGUGAACACCAACCAGGCAUACUUCGGCAGUGGCACCAAACUCACAGUUCUGGAUCCAAACAUCAAAGUCACUGAACCCACAGUGAAAGUCCUUCCACCCUCCACUAAGGAGUGUGAAGACAGAAACAAGAAGAAGAAGAAGACCCUGGUGUGUGUAGCCACCCGCUUCUACCCCGACCACGUCACGGUCUACUGGCAAGUCAACAAUGUCAACACAACUGCAGGCGCCGGGACCGACAACAAGGCCUUGUGGGAUAAAGAUAGUUUAUACAGUAUCACCAGCAGACUGAGAGUCCCAGCCAAUGACUGGCACAACCCAAAGAACAGUUUCACCUGCAAUGUCAUCUUUUUCAACGGGACUGGAAAUACAACUGAGAAACACACCAUUCGUGGAGAUCUCCAAGGUCAAAUUGGGGGAGAGAUAACGACAGAUAACUAUGUGAAGAGCACCCAGACUGCCAAGCUGGCCUACAGCAUCUUCAUCGCUAAGAGUACCUUCUACGGCCUGGUCGUCAUGGUUAUGAUUUGGAAGUUCCAGGGCUCCUCAGAGAAACAGAUUUAACGGAACACAAGUGGCCCAAGGAGGAUGUCCUGCGUGGGUGUUGAUUCUUCCAUGGAAUCAAGGACGGACUGGCAAAAGGGCAAUUCUGGCAAAUGCCAAAUGGACUGAUUCAUCUUUAGCCCAGUGGGCCUGUCUAAAUUGGCUUUUUUUUUGCAAAAUAAUAAUAAGUUGGCUAGUAAAGAGGGCCUUAAAGGCAAAACAUGGGCAGGUGUGUUAGAAAUGCCUGGGCCGGUUUCUGCUCCCAGUUUGCCCCUGCGUGUAAUUGUAUUGUCCAUUGUGCUUAGUGUGUCCAUCAUCUCUUUAUUACCCUGUCUACGUGAAGAUGUGCUUUUUAGAAUCUCCUAUGAACAGGAACUUACAAUUUAAAUGUAUAUUUGAAUCAAUUCAGCCAAAACAAUCUUUCCAUUAACUCACAAAACCAAUGUCUGUUUGUUUUUCCAGUAAUUACAGUAUAGUAUGUAUGAAUACAUUCUGCUUUCCGAUUUCUACAUGUUCAUUUGUGAAUAAUAAACUGUAUAUAAUUAUGGACAGAUCGAAAUAUACCUCUCCACAGUUAAAUAUUUUCACGACCCUCCCCCUGGUAGAAUUAACUCAAUCUAAUGUUUACGACCACAAAUAACAAGAACUGUAGCGACCCUGUUUUUAUAAACGUGGAUAUCGACGUCGCCGCUUCAGCAAGCUUUUCUGGCACAGUUGAUGCCACGCAGGGCUUUGGGCCAGAAGGUUGAGGGUUCACGGACCACCACGGACGAGCUCACUCUCCCUGCCCGUUUCAUCACAUUACGAUCAGAGACUGAGGCAGACGAGCUCACUCUCCCUGCCCGUUUCAUCACAUUACGAUCAGAGACUGAGGCAGACGAGCUCACUCUCCCUGCCCGUUUCAUCACAUUACGAUCAGAGACUGAGGCAGACGAGCUCACUCUCCCUGCCCGUUUCAUCACAUUACGAUCAGAGACUGAGGCAGACGAGCUCACUCUCCCUGCCCGUUUCAUCACAUUACGAUCAGAGACUGAGGCAGACCAAGAUCAGCUAGGGGGAAAUCAGAUUUUCAACAUUUUGAUGCCACAUUUAUAUAAAUAUAUGCAACAACUUUUCCACCGAUAAGUUUAACAACCAAUCAACAAAGCAUACCAACUUCUGGCACUUUAAUAAUCAUGGUUUGUGUUUUGAACAAACAGAAAAUACAUCCCUCCCUACCUUGUAGACUUAGCCAGUAAUGAAGGCUUGGCUUGACAAUCUCUUAGUGUCAUUAAACGUUCUGGUGUUUUGUAACAAUGUCUCUUUUCAUUCAUCAAUUGGCCACUGCACAGUUUGGAUUGAUUGAUUCAUUUUAAUUGUAUGUAAAUAAAAUACAUAUAUUAAAAAAUGUUUUAUAGACAUUAUUUUUUUUAAAUAACUGGGAUUGCACAAUAAAGUCUGGGAUUUAUUUC